GAGCGGCGGCGACGACGGCGGCCUCGCCACCGUACAAUCGACUCGAGCGAGCGAAGCGACCGUGCAUUAUCUAUACGUAACUCCGAUAAAUAACAAUCAAGCUAUACUCUACCAGACUACCGCGGCUAAACAUGCGCGGUGAUUAAGAGAGGCGGUGAGAGAUUGAGCGAGCGAGCGAGCGACGGUGGUGGUGGUGGUGGUGAUGUAAGCACGUGGUGGUGCUGGUGGUGGCUUUCGCUUGACGCCAUGCCCUUGACUGGGGCGCUGGGGGCGGACAGGCCUCGCUCGGCGUCGUCGUCGCUUUAACGAGUGGAGCGAAUUAAUCUGUAGCUUGUGACACGUCGUUGUCGCUCGCUCGUCAUGCUGGCGAGAAGCUCCAGCCUGCCUCUGGGCUCGCUGCUUGCCGGCUGUCGAUGUCGAGGCUUCUGCGCGCGGCCUCUGCCGACUCCGAGGGCCUCGUCGUGCAGAAGAUUCGGAUCUGGAAAGUUAAGGCCGUUGUCGGCGGUGACAGGCUCGCUUCCCAUGUGGUACGUGGAAGGUCUGCGUGGCACGUCACACUCGCGCCUCUCCUACCCGGAUGGCAGCGAGCUGCAGGAGGUGGUGAACCAAGUGGGCGACCUGAAUACCAGGCGCUGCUUCAUCACGGAGCCGCGCGUGGCCCAUUCUAUCACUGAAGCCCUGCAGAUCAACGAGGGUGACGAGGCCGUCGUGUUUGAUUGCUCUGCAGGGCCUGGAAUUUUAACAAGAGCACUCCUUAAUUCUGGAGCCAAUCGAGUGGUGGUACUGGAACGGGACAAGUUGUUUCUUCCUCCCUUGCAGGAAUUGGAGGAAAGUGCGGAAGGGCGCAUGAACCUCUUUCACUGCGAUGUCUUCAAGCUGGACACCCAUGAUGGGCUGUUGCGGCCACCCUUCAUGAGCUCCAAGCAGCUGCAGGUCCAGCUGGGCCUUAAAGAGUGCUCUUGGAAUGAUGAGAUUCCCAUUCGUCUGGUGGGCAUUCUGCCUUUGAGGAACCCUCGUACCAUCCUUUGGAGGCUCAUCUAUGCCGCCUUUCAGGGAAUCUCGGUCUUUCGCUUUGGAAGAGUAGAGCUCAACUUGUUCAUAAGCGAGAGAGAAUUGCAGAAAAUCAGAUCGUCUCCUGGCGGCAAGAAUUACAGUUCACUCAGCAUAUUGUGGCAGAUAAUGAGUGACAUUACAGUGAUUUACCAGGAGUCUUUGACUUCAGUGGUGACAUGUUCAAAUAAAGCCCUGAAAACGGACUUUUUUUCAAAUCAUCAGGUCCAGGCUGGAGAAAAGCUAUGCCUCAUGCAGCUGAACCCAAGGCGUGAAAUCACCAGUGUCCUUAACUACCACAGCAUGGACCGGUUCAUGGCCAUGAUAAAUCACUGCCUCUCUCGGCGCAGGAAAAAGCUCGAGGAUAUACUCAACCUCUGGAAUCCCGGGAGUGGUGCACUUGUCAUGGCACAACUUGGGCUGUCACCAGAAGUGACCUCGGGCGCAGUAUCGCCCAGAGACUAUCUGCGACUUUUUGAAAUUAUUGAGCUGUCGGAGGGCUUCCGCUCCAGCUGGCUUUACACGGAAAGCAUGGACAAAGUGAUCUAUUAAUGGCUGUGUGCUGAAACCACCGACGUCUCUGCAAUGUCAUUGGAAAUUCGGAGAAUCCCAGUCAGAUGGAAGAGAACGUCUAAAAUGACGUUUGCAGGAACUUUCCCAAGUGAUUAAGAUGGAACACUUGGUAUCCCUACAAGUGUGGAUUUCUUUUCGGAGUAUUGUGCGAAGCUCCUUUUGAUAGAGCAGUGUGCUCACAAAAGGAUCUACAUUGUAAAAAGGAACUCGUCCGCAGGAAAUGGACAGUGAAAAUGUAGCAGUUAAAAACCAAUGAGUACAGGGUUUUCUCUGCCAUGUCGACAAAUCAACUUCAAGAAUGCUUCGAUAAAUUACUAGAAAUAGAAUAAAUUGCACAUGCUGAACUGUACCACUGAUGUUAUGAAUGGGAACUUGAAAAGAUGGUCAUCUUCAUACCUUUGCCAGGUCCUCAGUGCUGCACAAAACGGUGGGCGAUUAUAUUUUGCUGGACAAAUAAGGCGUACUAUGUUCAUGGUUCACAACUCAUUAUUAUGGGUUGUAUUGUGUCAUGUUAAACAUGUAUCUGUUUACCAGAUGUUAGAUACCGUUAUUCAGUCUAGGUUUGUGAAUGUUAUAUUAAAGUUGUGGCUAUAAAAUAGUGUAUUUUAAAAUUUGCUUAGGCUUUAUUGUCUUUUUUCAACAUUUACAAACCAUGACUUGAUCGCAAUGGUGUUAACCAGAAAAUACCCAGUGUAAGAAAUUGCUAUGAAUUAAACAAAGUAUUGUAAUCGUCAAUGUGGCUGUACUAUUGCAGGAUGUAGUGCAUGCUCAAAAAUAAAACUGCUUUCAUAGGAUUGAAUCCCACAGAUGUGCAGUAAAUUUGUGCAGCAUUGAAAGUGUAUGCUACCUGCUGUUGGUGGCCAAUAAAAGGAGUAUUGAAUUUGUAAAUGUAUGCUUUUUUGCCAUUGUCAUGUGACAAAUGCAACUAAAAUAUAAUAUAAUAUCAGUGGGAUAAUCAUCCAGGUCUUGAUAACAGAGAAUAUAUUGUAUUCCAGCAGGUACUUAGCUGGUUCUAAAUAAAUAAAUGACGGUUGUGUUAAGUUUGAAUCGCUGGCAAUUUUUUGGUGGAUAAUGACACGUCUGUUAAACAGAUUUUCAUCCUUCAUCAACUAUGUACUGCAAUGCUAUUAUUUAGAUCGUUGAAUACUGAGCUAUGCUAUAAUAGCUAAUUUUUACAAUAUUCACCAUAAACUUUGCCACUGGUUGAAAGGUUGUGACCUGGAAUUGUGAUGAAGGAUUGCUGCACGGUUGCUAAAUGCCUUUGUAAUGUCGAGCAAGCGUUUGCUUUUUGCAAGAAACAGCAUUUUUGUGAUUGUUUUACCAUGUGUGGGAAUAAAGCAUAAUCUCGUGCUUUUUUAUAUGGUGCAUAAACAUGUGAUGGUG